UCUCGGGGGAAAUAAAUCGAUGGACGACAGGAGCCGUCAGGGGGUCGCUUAUCGUUCCUAUAGCGGACUAGUCAGGAUACUCUAGUAAUCUCCGCAUCCCCCGUAAUCCUCCUUCUCCACCAAACAAACCGAUUGAUUGAUCCACCUUAGUCCGAUGUUUCCGUCCAUCCUCCGACCCUUUCUUCCUUUCCAGCUUUGCAUGUAAUGCGCACAAAGAAUAAUGGCCUCCGAAUCCAUCUCACAGGAGUCUUCUCCGGCGUCUAGACCAGCUAGAGCACCGGGAAAGCGUCCUCGAGCCACAAACAAGGAUGCGGACGAUGAGAAUCGACGGAAAGAUCCGAAGAUCAGUCGGGCUUGCGACACCUGCAAGAGAAAGAAAGUCCGAUGUGACGGCACGCUGCCAUGCAGCAAUUGCACUAGGAGAAAGACCAAUUGCGCAUAUGACGCCAAAUAUGGCCGAGGGCGACCGCCGACUCCACCUUCAGCGACAGCCGAGCAAUGGCAGGAAGGAUUGAGAAGAGAUCAUUCGAAUGACCUCGGUGUCUCGCAACAGCGACAUUAUUCAGCCACGACCGAUCAACGCCAUGAAGAAUCCUUGAACAGGGAUCAUUCGAACACCCUUUGUGUCUGGCAACCACCACCACCUAUCGUUCGUGAAGCCUCAGGGUCGCAUAUUCACUCUUGUGCCUCGCCUGAACAAGAGGCCGAAGGUCAAUAUUUUGAUCCUACCUCAGGCUUGAACUUUUUGCACCGCGCGUGGAAAAAAUUGUUAAUGCAGAAAGAUGGCUCUUCAUCUCAUGACUCGAAUGAUGCAGAGCGAAAUCAGCUCCUCACAUCGGCCGGAGAUAGGCCACUUCACAUCGAUGAUGACGCGCCAGAGAAUUUCAUGCCAGAUGCUCUGACGGCGAGAAAGCUGCAGGAAUUCUAUUUCGAAACUUGUGUUGUAACCUACCGCAUGUUUCAUCGACAGACGGUUGAAGGAUGGAUGGAGAUAUUUCUGAAGGAUCAACGAGAUAAAAUGCCGUUUGGUCGGUCGCUAGGCAAUUCCAGGACUGCUAUCCUUCUUACCAUCAUGGCAAUUGCAACCCUGCGCCUUGAAAAAGUGAACAAAGCAGUUUCCACGGAAGAUGAGUCACUGGUCUUGCAACGUAGCGAUCGGCUGUUCUGUGCCGGUAUGACGUUGGUUGAUAGAGAAAUGGGAUUCCCGCGUCUCGAGUCGGCACAGGCACGUCUUAUCCAAGUUCUUUAUCUUCUUCAGACAGGCCGCAUGAACAAGGGCUGGUAUACAUUCGGAAAUGCAUUUCAUAUCACUCUCUCCUUGGGUAUGCACAGAAGGCGGGAUCUAAAGCGGGAUUUCCCUUUCACUAGCAGGAGGCAAAACUAUAUCAACUCAGAAUGCUAUAAGCGCACAUUCUGGGCUGCAUACAUUAUCGACAAAUAUCUCAGUGUUGUAUUUGGACGGCCUCGACUUUACCAGGAUGAAGACAUUGACCAGACCUUUCCAGAUAGUGUGAAUGAUGAAGAUAUGACACCGCAAGGAUCUACAGCCUCAGACGACCCUGCAGAUUGUCAUAUCGAUGCUCUCAUAUUCCAUGCAAAAAUUGCACGUAUAAUCGGGAAGAUAUCACGAGAAGUAUACUCGGUCAACCAGCUGUCUAACCAAGACCGCUUGAAUGCUGCCCAUCGUUUGGUCCACGAAUUACAUGAAUGGCGUGGCAGUCUGCCACCACAUCUGGGUACCGUGAAACCAUCCACACUGAUACCCAGUUUUAGGCGCCAGGCUCUUGCUCUACAACUUGCGUAUGCCCAUGCCCUUAUACAUGCCAAUCGACCCUUCAUUAUGAAUGAAGUAACAUCUGAAAGUAUUACCCAAUGCAUAUCUGCCACCAAGACUAGUCUAGAACUCGUCAACAGAAUGGCGGGCGAUACUACGCUGUUUCAUUCAUUUUGGUGGACACAUUAUGUGAUUUUCUGUGCGCUAGCAGUUGUCUAUGUUUGGGAGAUUCAACGGACUACGCGGUCGUCCUACGAAAUUGAUGAUCAGAUGUUUGACCUUGCAGAGAAAUGUCGUGGUCAUCUCAGGCGAGCAUCCACUGGCCUAUCUCAAAAUCAACGCUACAGCGUAAUUCUCGACGAGCUGAGAUCUGAAGCCCAGAAGUGUCGGAUUUCGCGGGCAAAUCCGCAAAGUCUACACCAGGGCAGCCUCCAGGGUGGUGAAGCCAGCACCAACACGGAUUUUGGCUUUCCAUUUAUGCAUGGUGCGGAUAUCUUCGGGUCUGGCCUCGAACCUUUGCCCCAAGAAGGGGUUAUGCCGAAUGUAUUGGAUAGUUUUCUGUUCAGCGACUGGCAAACUCUUGACUCGUCGGCUUUCUUUCCAUUGCCCGAUCCUAACUCCGUCUCUCCAACAUGUUACCCCACAAUUCCAUAAGCCGGUUCUUAUUCGGUAGUUGAUAGGGCACUACGAAGUAG